UGUUUCUUUUAUUCAAAGUUAUAAUUAAAAUGAAAUUUUAAUCAUAUCUUAUUAAAAAUGGAGAACACUGAAGACAUUACAAUAAAAUACCAAAGACUAGGGCAAGAGUACCAAAAGGCUAGAGCCCAAAUUACUGUUCUUAAAAAAGCUGUUAUUGACGAACAAGCUGCUAGUAAAGCAACACAGGAGAUUCUCAAGCAACGUGAUCAAGAAAUCAGAAAAUUUCAACAAGAUAUUGAUAGUUUAGAAUUUAGAAAUUCACAGCUUUCAAAGCGUGUUGAAAUCUUACAAAAUGAAUUAGAUAGCUAUGAAAAAAAAGGAAGUAAAAAGCAAUCUUCUCAAACAAAAAAUGUAAUACAUGAACAAGAGCUUCAAAUGAAAAUUAAAGAAAAUGAAAGACUGCAUAAGGAGCUUCAAAACUUCAAGGAAGAAAAUUUGUUAAAUAUUCAACUUCUUGAAUCCAAACUUGAAAUACUUGAACAAGAAAAGCAAGUUUAUGAUAAAACAAUUGCAGAUUUGAAUUUGAAAAAUAAUUAUGCAGUUGAUCACCUGAAAGGAGAGCUAAAUUGUUUGCAAGAAUCCUUAAAAAAAAGAGAUGAAGAUUUAAAUCUCGCAAAUAUUACAGCAGAAAAGUAUAAACUUCAAUUGAACAGUAUUCAUCAAGAGCUUCGAUGUAAACUUGAAAAAUCUACAAAUCUUAUCAAAGAAAAAAUUCCAUUUUCUGACUAUGAUAACAUUUAUUUCAAUGAGUUUAACAUACCAGCUUGUGACAGAGAGCAUCAGCAUGCCGUUCAAAAUAUUUUAGAUGUUUUAACAAGUCAUUUAAUAAUUUUCAUGGCAGCACUAUCAGACUACCACACAUAUUUAGAACAGAGAUUGAGGGUUUGUUCAAUGGACAUUAAGCAAGAAGAUGUUAACAGCAUAAAUAUGAAAUUCUGUGACCACUUACUUAACAAUGCUAAACACUCUCGUAAAGUUCAACAGGCUUUAAGAAAUUUAAAAGAACAAUCUCAAAAUGAAACUUUUUUAUCUCUGGAAACUUUGUCUUCUUACAAAGAGUUUUCAACUUCAUUUAAAUUUUAUGUCAACUAUUUAGAAGUACUAUUACCAUAUAGAAUCUUGAGUCUUGAAGACGAAUCUCAAGCAUCUGUUUGGUCAGACACAUUGGAAAAAUGUAACUUGAGUAUAAUAGCUAAUGAGAAAAAAGUUGUAGUGUUAUUUAAAAAGUUGCUUUCAUACAUUUCGUUAUUAGCAACAACAAAUGUUACAUCUUCAUCUUUAACUUUAUGUUCAAACACUUUUUGUCAAGUAAUGCAAGAUCUUCAUACAGUAUUUAAAUCUCUGCAUUCUUCGCAUCUUAAAAAGUGUGGAGAAGAACAUGAAUUACCGUUUUAUACAGAAAGAUUAAAAUCUACAGAUAAGUGUUUCAUUUCGGCUCUAUCAUCAUUGGAGUCUAUUUGUGCGAAGAUUCAAAAAGUUUUCAAUUCAAAUAUUGACUUCCUGUCUACAAUCCAUGGUUUUAGAAGAAAAGGCAUGCCAGAAGACGGAACUCAGCAGAGCCUGGCACCUUGUUUGCAAACAUUUUAUAAAAAAGCUUCUUCAUACAUGGAGUUUGUUAAAAAAGUCCCAACCUCUUCAAUUCCUUAUACAGUAGCUGUGAAUAAUUAUAAAUCAUUUGUUAUGUCAACAACUUCUUCUCAUACAUACAAAGAACAAGCAGCAAAUUCUCAAGAAACAAUUGUAAGACUUGAACAGGAGAAAGAAAAAUGGCUGAUUGAAGCUCAACUACUGAAAGCUAAAUAUGAUAAAGAAAUCAAGAAAACGUUAUUGCUGACAGAAGAAUUGCAAAAAUGUAAAACAGAAUCUUUAUCAAGAAAUGAAGAAGCAGGAUCAAUGUUAAGAAACGAAGAGAAUUUUAUUAGUACAGGGCAUUCUGAUUGGAGAGGAUCUAUGCGCAGUACAUCAUCAGUGUCUUCUAGUUCUGAUUUACCAGCUGUUUUGACGAAAGUUGGAACUGUAGAAAUUUUAAAUAAAGAUCAUGUAUCAUCUGAAAGUGAAAAUGAAGUUUUACUUAAAAACCAUAUGACCAAUCGCAUAGCUCAGUUAACAAAACAACUUCAAAUAACAGACAGCAAAUGUAUUGAUUUCUUCCACGAGGCACACUCAAUGUACAAACAAUUGGUGCUAGCAGAUUUGAACAAACAAAAACUUUCUAAUAAUAUUUUAGAAUCCAAUAAGAGAAUAGAAGAACUUCAGGAUGAACUGGAAACCACGAAACGAAGUUAUGAAGAACAGAUGAGGACACUUACUGAUCACUUGUGUGGAAUGAAUGAAAAGCUUACUUUACAAAAAGAUGAGAUAGACAAUCUUAAAUCAGGAGCUUUAUUAGACAAGAAAAAUAAAUCUAAGUGGAAAAAUUAAA